AUAUCCGUGCUGUCUAGUAUUAUGAUCUAAGCAGCUGCAGCCAUAAUGCAUGCGAGUAUAUAUUUUUCAAGGGCUAUGAUAAAGACAUUGGCGCCAAAACUGAAAACAUUAUCAUUUAACCUAAAACACAAAAUAAAAUAAAAUUAUUUCAGAAAUUCAGAUUUCAGUGUUCAGUAGUUGGGCAUUUAGUACAACAAUCGAAGUAUUAAACUACCUAUACAACUGAUUAAAAAUUCCAAACUACCAAGUGUCAAAUAUACAACAACUAUACAAGCAAUAACAAGUACAAUGAUGAAAGCAAAACCAAAUCUCCCUUGGGUAGAAAAGUAUCGACCAAAUACUUUAGAUGAUUUGAUCUCGCAUGAAGACAUUAUUCAAACAAUUGGCAAAUUCAUUAAAGAAGAUCAGUUACCUCAUUUAUUAUUUUAUGGACCUCCGGGGACUGGAAAAACUAGUACGAUAUUAGCAUGUGCCAAGCAAUUGUAUACUCCAGCACAGUUUCGUUCAAUGGUUCUUGAAUUGAAUGCUUCUGAUGACAGAGGAAUUAAUGUUGUUAGAGGACAAGUUAUGAACUUUGCAUCAACCAGAACAAUUUUCAAAUCUGGUUUCAAAUUGAUUAUUUUGGAUGAAGCCGACGCGAUGACUAAUGAUGCCCAAAAUGCUCUAAGAAGAAUUAUUGAAAAGUUUACUGACAAUGUUCGUUUUUGCUUAAUUUGCAAUUACUUAAGCAAAAUAAUUCCGGCAUUACAGUCUCGAUGUACACGUUUUCGAUUUGGUCCACUUGAUUCGAAACAGAUUAUGCCUAGACUUGAAUAUGUUAUUGAACAAGAAAAAGUGAAAGUAACAGAGGAUGGUAAAAAAGCACUGAUCGAUUUGGCACAAGGUGAUAUGCGGAAAGUUCUCAACAUAUUACAAAGUGCUGCUACUGCGUUUCCAGAAGUAAGCGAAGAUUCUGUCUACACGUGUGUUGGUCAUCCAUUAAAAAGUGAUAUUAUGAAUAUUUUAAAAUGGUUAUUAAAUGAUGACUUUUCUACUACCUUUAAAAAAAUCCAAGAAUUAAAAAUUCAGAAAGGUUUGGCUUUACAAGACAUAUUAACAGAGUUGCACACAUUUUUAUAUAGAUUGGAUUUACCACCAGAUUCACUCAUUGAAAUACUAACUGAAAUGGCUGAUAUUGAAAUACGUCUCAAUGGUGGAACAAGUGAAAAAAUACAUCUCGGUAGUUUAAUUAGUGCUUUCCAUAUGAUAAGAUCAAAAUUAAUACCCACUGAUAAUUGAAGACUGCACAAUUAAGUAUUUUACUCUUAGGUUUGCCUUUUUUAUUUUUACAUGCAAUUUUUUUUCAUGAUUUUAUAUGUGAAUAUAUCAAAAGAAAACA